AUGCCGGCUGUGCAACCUCCCUGCAAGGUCCUUGUCUCUGGUGCGAAUGGCUAUAUCGCGAUUUGGGUCGUGCGUACCCUUCUCGAGAAGGGGUACUCUGUCCGUGGAACAAUUCGGUCUGAGGAAAAGGCAGCACACCUCAGGCAACUGUUCAGCUCGUAUGGUGAUAAGCAUGAGGUGAUCGUCGUCGAAGAUAUCACAAAGGAAGGUGCCUUUGACGAGGCAGUUCAAGGUGUCGAUGCCAUUGAGCACACAGCCUCCCCUUUUCACAUGAAUGCGGACGACCCGAAUGAACUUAUCAUUCCCGCCGUCAAUGGCACUGUUGGGAUCCUGAAGAGUGCUCUCAAGUAUGGUCAAUCUGUCAAGCGUGUCGUGGUUACUUCAUCAGGAGCUGCGAUUCUGCGUGAUACGCCAACACCAUCUACUUUCUCCGAACUGGACUGGAACGAGCAAUGUCUGGAAGUCGUGAGGGAAAAAGGUCGCGAAGCGCCUAAUAUGAUGAAGUAUCGUGCUUCGAAGACUCUUGCUGAGAAAGCGGCUUGGGAGUUCUGGAACACGCAUAAGGCCAAUGUCGGCUGGGAUCUCACUGUCCUUAAUCCACCUUUUGUCUUUGGGCCCGCUAUCAACGCGGCCACAGCACCGUCGGGAUUGGGCACGUCCUCGAACAUGUUUUACAACUAUGUCGCCCAUCCAAACUCCAACGGAGCAACAAACGAGUUCCUUGCUUCCGUCGGUACAGCCUGGAUCGAUGUACGUGACCUUGCAGAAGCGCAUGCCAUCUCGCUCGAGAAGGAAGCUGCAGGUGGCGAACGAAUGAUCGUUAGUGCAGGACUUUGGAAAUGGCAGGAUUUCAUUGACGCUGCUAAUACAAUCUCGCCGCCACCGAAACUCACAACAGGUGGUCUGCCGAAGGGUAACCCUGGUGCUGGUACUGGACACCCCUCCACGGUACACCUUCUUCACUACGACACCGCGAAGGCUGCACGAAUCCUGGGGCUCAAGUACCGAACUAUCGCAGAGACGACGAAGGACACGCUGGCGGACUACGAAGCAAAGGGAUGGUGA